ACCUAGCCAUUACUUCAUUAGUGUCUAAUGAAUUUAAUCGAAUGGCAGACUCGUGACUGACAUCUGUGACUUGACGUGAUAAUAACUAAAAAGUACACAAUCUGAUAAUUGAUACUACGUUUUCUUACCUAUUUUUGUUGUGCUUAUUUUUAUCCACAUAUUUUUAACAAAAUUUAGUUAUAAUGAGUAAUGCGGAAGAAAAGUCACUUGAAGCUAUUGAAACAAAUGGUAAUUUAAACAAAGAUGAAGAUAGAAAAAAUUGGGUUAAGUUUGAUGAUGAAUCUCCACAACAAAGUGAUUUAAAAUUAAAAUCAAAGGUGUCGGAUGAAUCAGCCGUUAGUACUAUAAGACAAACUACGGCUUCGAAUUCUGCUAUACCUGCUGUACUUAAAACUGAAACAGUACAUGUGAACUUAGAUCGCAGCGAAAAUAAUAUCGAACCUCUGUCGCAAAGUGCUGUUAUGAAAAAUGUUGAAUAUAUCAAUGCCCGCCAUGGUUUUUCUAAUGGCGACGUUAUAGUGACCUUGUUGCCUACUAAUACGAAAUGGCCCUGGAUUACCACAGCAAGAUUUCGUCCAGAACUUGUCCCUGAGGAGCUGAUGGCUCAGGGCUUAACUUUGACUGUUGAGGAAUAUGUUCAUGCGAUGGAACUGCUUGUGAAUGAUGCUCGUUUUACAAUGUAUAAUAUUUGCUAUAAGAGAGUUCUAAUUUGUUGGGUUACGAUUGCAUUUCUCGUGCUCCUAACUUUGCUAUUUUCGGGCUUGACUGGUCUGACUUUAUUCUCACUCGGAGUUAUGUGGCUUGUUCUAAAUGCGAUGGCCAUUUUCCUUUGCAUGUGGAUAAAGUUAAAACUCUCAAAAGGAUUGGAGCAAUGUUUAGCAAGUGUUAAUAAAUUGUUGAAUAAGCACAAACUUUUGCUAGCAUUAGAUGACAGAGGAAAAAUAUCAUGUCAUAAAGUAAACUUAUGCUACAUGUAUUUUGAUUCGGGGCCGUGCAUAGCACAUUUACAACAAUUUAUUGAUAGCGAAGAAGGCAAAACUAUAAUGCAAGGUUGGGAACGAAGAUUAGAUGUGUCAACUAAUGAUAUUGUCAUACAAGGCAGUCAGUCAACAAGAUUAUCUCGGAAACAGGAUAUGGCAGAGCAAGUGUUCCUCCGGUAUCUUCAGCGGUGGGGCAAAGACUUCUUACGACGACGACUCGAUUGGACACUAGACGAGGAUGGCGGGAAUCCCGCUGCGCCAAGACACUUGGCUAAUGCGUUGUGUCCUUGUCAGUAUAUUGAGGAGAUAUUGCGGAACAAAGAACCCAAAGAUAAUCGUGCCUGUUGUCCACCGUGCAACAACUGGCUCAGACGGCGCGGUCUCGAUUGACCAAACCGCUUAAGUUCGGAGAGAGGUGCGCUUCUAUAUUUACGAUACGCUGGUCGUUGGGGAUCGCAUGCAGUUAAAAACAGAUUGAAUCUCAGCAGUGCUGUGCCCGGACGCCACGGCGAAAAAUUCAUCUGCCCUUGUCAG